GGAUGCGAUUGCUCUGGUCUAGUCACGUGCUAACUGGUAGAAAUGGCCGACGAGGCAGCAGAAAUAAACACAGCCCUAGAAGAUGGUGAAGCAAAACAGACCGAACAUGAAGUUUUAGAAGUUUCUACCCACAGCAAAGAACCAACUGACAAACAGGUUCAGAAUGAUGAACCCAUUGCUGAGAGCACUUGGACUGCACCAAUUUUCUCGUUGGCCCGAAAGGCAACGGAGACGAUCAGCAGUGGGGUCAGCUACGGUGCUUCUCUCAGAAACUCCACAUCAUUAUCAUCUAUCAGCUCUGCGACCGAGAAACCCCCUGAAAAUGACUCCAGCCGUGCCAAAAUGCUCACAGCUUUGCCCACUAAAAGCCCCAUGUCGAUAGAGAGGUCCAACCUUCUGAGCAUGAUGAAGCUUAGUAUUAAAGUAUUAAUCCAGUCCUCUCUGAGUCUGGGCAGAACUUUGGACUCUGAGUACCCUCCACUGCAGCAGUUUUUUGUUGUUCUGGAGAGCUGUCUGAAACAUGGGCUGAAAGUAAAGAAGUCAUUUAUUGGCCAGAGCAAAUCAAUCUGGGGGCCUCUGGAAAUGGUGGAGAAGUUGUGUCCAGAGUCCACUGACAUAACCACAAGUGCUCGAGACCUUCCUAGUCUUAAGACAGGGUUGGGUCGAGGGAGAGCCUGGCUACAUUUGGCCCUCAUGCAAAAAAAGUUGGCAGAUUAUAUGAAAGCCCUGCUGGAUCACAAAGAUCUCCUGAGUGAAUUCUAUGAACCGGGAUCAUUAAUGCUAGAAGAUGAGGGGACUGUGAUUGUAGGACUUCUGGUUGGCCUCAAUGUCAUUGAUGCAAACCUUUGUAUCAAAGGGGAGGAUCUGGACUCUCAGGUGGCAGUCAUUGACUUCUCCCUGUACCUGAAAGAUACUGCCAACACUGAAACGCCCAAGGAUGAAUCAAAGAUGACUGCCAUUUUGGAUCAGAAGCACUACAUUGAGGAGUUGAAUCGCAACCUGAGUGGCACAGUUACUGACCUCCAGGCCAAGAUGGACUCCCUAGAGAAGACCAACAACAAACUUGUGGAUGAGUUGACUGCAGCCACAGAUAGAAUAAACUCUUUGUGUGAAGAACAGCAUACCCUGAAACAAGAGAAUGAGGUUAUCUUGCAGUCCAGCCAGAGGAAGGAAGAGGUGACUCUCCAGGACAGCCAAGUUGAGCUGGAGACAUACAAACAGAGCCGCCAGGGCCUGGAUGAAAUGUACAACGUUGUGUGGACACAGUACAAGGAAGAGAAGCGCAUUCGGCAGGAGUUGGAGCGGGAGCUGGAGCUGCAGGUGGGACUAAAGCAGGAGAUGGAGGUGGCCAUGAGGCUUCUGGAGAAAGACACACAUGAGAAACAGGACACGCUCGCAGCCCUGCGGCUCCAACUCGACCAAGUCAAGACCCUUAACCUGCAGAUGUUCCACAAAGCGCAGGACUCCCAGCGAGAGGCAGUGAAGAAGCAGCAGGAGGCUAGUCAGCUGGAGGAGAGCAUGAGUGAAAUGGAGAGAACCAUGAUAGAGCUUGAGCAGAGACUACAGAGGUCUGAGUCAGAGCGUACGCAGUGCGACCAGUCAGAUGAAGCCAUGAGGUUCGAGCUGGAGGGCAAAGCAGAAACUCUGCAGAAACAAUUAUCAGACCUGGACACACUGAGGCUUGGACUGGAGACGGAUCUGUGCAGUGAGAAGGAGCAGAGGCAGAGCCUGCAGAGAGCUCUCCAGAGGGAACAGGACAACAGCACAGAGCUCCGCACACAGCUGCAACAACUUCAGGGGCUGCAUAUGGAGCUGAAAGACCUGAAGCAGGAGAAGACCAAGCUCCAGCAGAGGUGUGAGCAGCAGGAACAGGCGUUACAGGAGAUGGGCCUGCACCUCAGCCAAUCUAAACUCAAGAUGGAGGACUUCAAGGAGGUGAAUAAAGCCCUGAAGGGUCACGCCUGGCUGAAAGACGACGAGGCCACAGAGUGCAAGCACUGCCAGAAAGAGUUCUCCAUCUCUCGGAGAAAGCACCACUGUCGGAACUGCGGAGACAUCUACUGCAACACCUGCUCUGCCAACGAGCUGGCGCUGCCGUCGUACCCGCGGCCUGUGCGCGUCUGCGACAUCUGCCACUCCCUUCUACUGCAGAGAAGCUCCUCCACAGGCGCCUCCUGACAACGCAGUCACAGCUCCCAAGUUUCAUACUGAGGCUUUCUACGGCUCUUCCCAUUUAAAUACCCGGUGUAAUACCGAUUUUUACUCAUCACCAUGAUUUUGGGUACACUAGCAGUUAAGUUUAAGUAUUAAUAUGGGAUACUCUUUAUUUGCAAUGCAUCUCUUAUGGGUACCGUUUUAUGUGGACUACCUUUUCUUUUUUUGUAGUGUUUAAGAACCCAUGUUUUAUGUAUAACAUGGAAUAAAAUUGCUGAAGUUGCACUGUCCUAAACCAGGUUGUUAUAUUUGCAAAGGUCUGUAUAUUGCUUACACAGGUUGUAAGAAAAUAGAAAAAUGUCACCUAACAAUCACCAUCAGCUACGAAGCUUUCUUUUUAACCCUUGUCAUUGACAUUACUGCCAUCAGUUGAUAACAUUUUAUAAUACAAAUAUAAUCUUACUUUCAGGCCAGAAUUUUUCCAUCCGCGUUUUAAGCGCACAGCGGAUAGGGAGAUUCUGAAAUAAGCAACACUAUGUACUGCAUCAAGACUUGAUUGAUUCUAAAUCAAAUCAUACAGAAAGACUAACCCCCUAACAAACCUACACCUCAAUGUAUGUCCAUUUUCUUAGAGCUGGCAUGUUGACAUUUUCUAUCUAGUGGCUGAUUGGAAUAAAAAGGAAAUUUGUCAAUACUCAAUGAAUCCAGACCAAUUUAUUAACCUUGUUCACAGGAAAUACAAAUGGUAGUUGAAGCAGUAGAAACCUUUGCAUUAGCAAGAAUUCCGAUACACUUUGUAACUAACUUUGUAGCCCUCUAGAAGAAGCCUCUGGCCUAACAGCAUGUACACCUUUUAGAAAAACAUCUUCAGCUAGGUUACUUGUAAAUUCAUUAGGGGUGGGAAAAAUAAUCGAUUCUUCGAUGCACCGCGAUUCUCGCUAGAACGAUUCUGUCUCGAUGCAGAAAAAAUAAUCUGAAUUAAUUAUUUUUUUUGCCUGCUGCAACAUUCUGUAUGCUAGAGGGAUAAUUUGUGAUUUUAAUUGAAUUUAUCUUCAGUGUGUAUUGGCCAAUCUGAUUUGUCUUGACACGAUUGCGAUUCAGCCUACGCAUAGCAUGCGCUGCGCGCAAAAUCACAGCCAGACACAAGAACUCCUAAUUCAAGAGCAGCUUUUUAUUUAAUGACAGAAAAGAAAGAUUAGAAAGAAAAUAAAACAAACCUAUUUUUUUCAUGCUUCCAUAUUGUGUUAUAAUGCAAGGCAAGCUGCAUUGAAUAUUGCAUUGUUCAUAGAAAGUCAUUUGUGACAAAAGCUUUCUCUUAUAAAAUAUUCGAUAAGUUAAUUCAUCUGUUGAUGUCUUUAAUGAUCCUCACAAAAGUAGGAAGUGAUUAGCAAACCGAGUAGCAAACACAGAUGUAUAGAUAUAUUUUUGAAAAUCACGCAUGGAAAUGUACAUAAAAAAAUUGUUGCAUCGAGAUGCAUCGAUAAUCGCUUCAGAAUCGAAUCGUGAGGUGCCAAGAGAUUCCCACCCCUAAAAUUCAUAUUAAGAACGAUCCCCAAAUAAAAAGCUUAAACCAGGUAUGGGGUUAAACAGGAUUCCAGAAAUAUUUACAAACAAUUAGUUUGUUCAUGCACUCCGGUACUCAUUUUAAAAUGGUCAAUGCAAAAAUUCACUUUUAAGGAUAACUUCAGCAAUUAUAUUAAAUGAAAUGACUUCUUGGUAAAGUUAAGCAAAGUUUGAAGUAUCCAAUUGAAAAGAAAAAAAAAGAAAAACGUAACGGUGCUUUGUUCUGCAAACUCCUUGUAGCAAAAUCCUCACAGCACUAAAAUCAAAUCCAGUCACAAUUCCGUUUUCUAGACACCCUUCGGUGCCCCCGGCCAUGUAUUGGUGUAUUUACAUCUCCAGUAACGUCCAGCAAACAACCAUAAAAAAGAAAAGAAAAAGACAGACGCAAACCAGCCAAGCCCUCUACAUUCACCAUACUCCCCCAUGACCAUUCAUGGAACUUCCGCUUCCUCCUCCUCCCCCACCUCCAUAGUAACUGCUGCCCAUUCCACCCUGAUUACCUAACGAGAGAGAGAACAUGCUCAAUAGAGCCACGGGAAAAAUAAAUCAAUGUACGCUCAGUGACCAAAAUGUUCUCAGGGGAGGCUGUGCCUCUGAGCAACGGUGUAGAUGGUA